UUGUCGAAGCAUCACCCGGUGAACCGUCGAUACCGUUUUUAAUUCUCCAGCUUUGUUAAAGGAAAACACAACAACCGCAAACAUGGGCAGGAAGUUCUUCGUCGGUGGAAACUGGAAGCUGAACGGCGACAAGAAGAGCCUGGGGGAUCUGAUCGACACCAUGAACAAAGCCAAGGUGGACGCCAAUGUCGACGUGGUCUGCGGCGCUCCAUCCAUCUACCUGGACUUCGCCAGGACCAAGCUGGAUGCCAAGUUUUUCGUGGCAGCCCAGAACUGCUACAAGGUUUCCAAGGGGGCCUUCACUGGGGAGAUCAGCCCUGCGAUGAUCAAGGACUGUGGCGUGAACUGGGUGAUCCUGGGACACUCCGAGAGGCGCCACGUGUUCGGAGAGAGCGACGAGCUCAUUGGUCAGAAGACGGCCCACGCUCUGGAGAGUGGACUCUGUGUGAUCGCCUGCAUCGGAGAGAAGCUCGACGAACGCGAGGCCGGCAUCACCGAGAAGGUCGUCUUUGCUCAGACCAAGGUCAUCGCAGACAAUGUAAAGGACUGGACUAAGGUCGUGCUUGCUUAUGAGCCUGUGUGGGCCAUCGGCACCGGCAAGACUGCCUCCCCACAGCAGGCUCAGGAGGUUCAUGAUAAACUGAGGGGGUGGCUGAAGACCAAUGUUUCUGAGGAUGUAGCCAACUCUGUGAGGAUCAUCUAUGGAGGUUCUGUGACCGGUGCUACCUGCAAAGAACUCGCCUCCCAAAAGGACGUGGACGGUUUCCUCGUUGGCGGAGCCUCCCUCAAGCCCGAGUUUAUCGAAAUCAUCAACGCCAAGGCCUAAGAAACCUGGAAGCUGCAGUG